AUGGAAGAAGAGAAGAAAUUAACCAGAAAAAAUCGAAUGGAUAUACAAAAGCAGAAACGGCCUAAAUUUUCUCCCGAGAACAACGCUUGGGUAAUUUUUGGUCCAAUGUUUGCCGGUAAAACUACUGCUCUUCUACGUCAGGUCAAUUGUGAAGCCAAAAUGGGCAGAAAUAUGGUUAUCGCGGAGUUUUUGUCAGCAGAGGAAGUGGCUGGAAUGAAGGAAGCAUUUGACCAGAUGGAUACAGGAAAGAAAGGCAAGAUUAACCUUGGAGAACUUAAAAUUGGUCUUCAAAAGCUGGGCCAUCAGAUUCCUGAUGCUGAUCUUCAGAUUCUCAUGGAAGCCGCUGAUGUUGAUAGAGAUGGAUAUUUAAAUUACGCGGAGUUUGUCGCUGUAUCAGUUCAUCUAAGAAAAAUGGCAAAUGAUGAGCAUCUGCACAAAGCGUUUUUAUUUUUUGACAGAAAUGAAAGUGGCUACAUAGAAAUCGAGGAGCUGCGCAGUGCCUUGAGUGAUGAGGAUGAUGGAAACAGUGAGGAAGUCAUCAAUGCCAUUAUGCAUGAUGUUGACACUGACAAGGGAUUAAGAUUGCACUGCUACUAUUAAGAAACGCCUAGCCGU